AUGAGCACAGCGUCGUACUCGCCAGCGUCGCCGACGGCGCCCAAGAAGAAGGGCGAGCGCACCGCAUGGACCAAGGAGCAGGUCGAGGCGCUCAAGAAUGCGGUCACCGAGUUUGAAGCCACGCACCCGGGCGGCGUCGGCCGUGGCAAGUGGAAGGCCAUUGCGGCCAACGUGCCCGGCCGUAACGAUGCGCAAUGUCGGCAGCGAUGGGAAGACUCAACCAAAGAAGGGCGCAAGGAAGGGACAUGGACCAGCACCGAAGACAAUGCGCUUCGUAUGGCGGUGGAGGCCACCAAGAACGUGACGUGGCGGCGCUGGACGAUGGUAGCCGAGCGAAUUCCCAGCCGAACUGCCAAGCAGUGCGAGUACCGGUACAAGAACCACCUCGCCCCCAAGAGCGGGCGCACGGCGGACUCGCACGGGACCAAUGCUCUGAGUUUCAUGGCCGAGGUCACCAUGGGCCAGAAAAAGCUGCAGCCAAAUGCGGCGGGGAUGAUGCCGACUUACGCUGUGGCGCCAGAUAACUGCUUCAUGGCGGCACGCAGCAUGCCGCCCCUCGGCGGGGCGCAUCAUAGCUACUACAACAUACCGGCAGCCAUGCCGCCGAUCAACGACGGGAACGUGAAGGAGUCGUUGACGACGGCGAUCCAGGCGUUGCAGCCGCUAUUGACCAAGACCGUCGUGGCCGCCUAUCCCAGUCACAUCUUGGACCUCGCCGUGCAGUGCAUUGCGGCCUUGCCGGCCGAGACAAGCGCGGUCGUCCGCGAAGUCCAAAAGCUGCGCUACGUUCUUGCCGAGCAAAUGCCAUGCAGAGGGGGUGCACCAUCGAUGACGCACUCGCCCUAUGGACAGCCGUACGCACCGUCAGUGGCGCAACCCCAGCCAAUCGCCGUAGCUCCAAGACCAGGCAUGGGCAACCCUGCCGCCGCGUCCACGCCGAUCGAAACCAUUGAUGCCCCGUACACGACCGUGUCCCACCCGACGUACCCAGCGGUGACCACGAACGGGGUCGCAGGCUGGCAUCUUCCAACCCCACUGGUGGAUCGGAUGCAAGCCUUGACCGAAGCUUCCACGACGAUGCCACCCACGCCACCAGCUCCUACGGACCAGCAACGGGUCCUGAGCAUUGACGGGCGCCCGAAGACGAAGCCCACGAGCCAACCCGUGACAUUUGUAGUUACCAACCCAGCGACGGAGUCGCUCCGCACGUCGUCGGACUUGCCGCUCUCGACUCCGGGCAAGAACAGCAAACACGUCGGGCGCCAACCGACGACGUUCACAUUUCGCGCAUCCGAGUCGACCAACGGCAUUCGCGUGAUGCCAGCCAUCACGCCCGAGUGCCCGACCACGUAGCCCGACACGACUGCACUUGCUUCCGCCGCCCAGCCCCGCUCCGCCAGUCGGCGCAAACUAACGGCAGCGACGACAGCCUCGACGACGCCGCCGCGCAUCGGACCCUUCCCGAGCUGUCAUUUUGUACGGCGACAUGAAAUACAG